AUGUCUGAAGAACUAACCCAACUCAUCUCAGUCCUGCAGGAACAAAUUCGUGUGACACAGCAUCAACAUAAGGAGGAGAUGGAGCAACAGCGAGAGUUGCACAUGCACCAGCUGGACCUUCUCAAAAGCCAGCUUAAGGCCAAUCGUUCCGGUUUACAUUGGUCCAACCUGAAAUUCCAGUCCUUUGACUCAAUGUCAGAGCUGUGGAAGGACUACAGGUCAAGGUUUCAAACAUGUACGGAAGCUAAUUCCAUUCCUGAAGACAAACUAGCUAUUGUCUUUUUAACCAAUCAAUCGAGUGACAUAUACAAGCUCAUCGACAAUUUUGCGUCACAACUGCCGGAACCUACGACAGCAAAUAAACUUUCUUUGCAGUCUAUCCAUGACUUCAUGUCACAGCACUAUGAUCCCAAGCGCUUCAUAGUCAGAGAAAGGUUCCGAUUCUGGAGCGAAAUGAAGCGUAAGCCAGGUGAAACGCCUCCCGAACUCGCUGCAAGAGUACGACAGAUGGCUACCACGUGUGAUUUCACAUCCAUUAAGGAUCCCCUGGACGAAGCCAUGCGCACUUGUUUUCUGUGUGCCAUUAACAACGAGGCUGUGCUCAAAGCUGCAUUCAGAAUCAAAGAAGAUGAACUUACGUUCCGGAACGUUGUCCAGAUCGCGAUAGAGGUGGAAGAAGCAGCUAAAACAGCUAAGGCCCAAAUCUACGCAAAACCGGAGGAAAUCCACAAGAUCACCAAACCGCGAAAUUCUCCACAGAAAACGCAACAGACGCUCCAGUCUUCCCUGCCAACUGACCACAAACCAUGUGGAAGCUGCGGGGAAAAGGUCAUCCCAGAGACAAAUGUCGUUUCCGGGAAGCGGAAUGUCAUUACUGCAAGAAGAAAGGCCACAUUGAAGCCGCAUGCCACAGCAAACAAGCUAGGAAGAUGGAAAUCAAUUGGCAAGCCGCCACUCAAACCGACCACUGCAGAAUAUCGUUCAGCAUCGGGUCACUCCAUACCUAUUCUCGGUACCGCAUGCGUGGACUCAUUGCUACAGACCGGAGACGAGACAGUUCGAAAGCAACUGGAGUUUACAGUUACGAAACUAAACCUAAAUCUUAUCGGAUUAGACACAGUUUUGGAAAGCGGCAUCCAACUUGACCGUCUUCUUCGCAAGUCUACAAGUAACGCACCGGUACAUAUGAUCUCAACUCACAAGUCUCUCCAAGCAGCCUGCGAACAACUCACACAGGAGUUUCCUAACUUAUGGAAAGAUGAACUGGGAUGUUUGAAGAACUUUCAGUUGGAAAUAAAGUUUAAACCGGACGUCACACCGGUCUUUCACAAAGCUCGUACUGUGCCAUUUGCAAUUCAGGACGACCUAUCUCGAGCAUACGACAAAGGCAUUGAUCGGGGCCUUGGAAGCAAGUACAAUUCAACGAUUACAGAACUCCAGUCGUUCCAGUCCGGAAGCCACCUUCACGUAGUCACACAAAUGGAAAUAUACGGAUUUUAUGCGCAAGCUAGGAGGCGGCUACUAUUUUCAAAGAUUGAUCUAGCGGAUGCGUAUAACCAGAUCAAACUGGCACCAGAAAGUCAAAAGCGACUCGCACUCAGUACACACAAGGGAGUACUCUUACAAACUCGCCUUCCAUACGGUAUCAGCUCAGCGCCAGGAUACUUCCAAGAGAUCAUGGAACAAUUGACCAGCGAUCUCUCCGGAGUAGCUGUCUACCUCGACGAUAUACUCGUGAGCGGCAAAGACGCCGAAGAUCAUCUGCACAAUCUUCGAGAAUUACUGAAAAGACUGAACAGCAACGGCCUCCGAUAUCGAUUUGACAAAUGUGCCUUCGCCCAGCCGCAAGUCACAUAUCUAGGAUACACCCUGUCACGGGACGGAUUAGCCAAGGGACCAAUGGUGGACGCGGUAAUGACAAUGCAACCACCAAACGACGUUACGACUCUUAGAUCAUUUCUAGGAUCAAUUCAGUUUUAUGGCAAGUUCCUACCAAAUCUAGCAACGGUCAUGGAACCAUAG